UUGUUUUUUUUUAAUUCCCUCCAUAACAGAUCUGCUGCAAUUUCUCAGCUUUUCAAUGCUUUAAUUUUACCGUUCACCAUAGAUUUGAGCUCUAUCAUACCAAACCCAUUACCCCCUUUUUUUAUUCUCUCUUCAAUGUUGUGAAGUUAAUCUGAUCAUAGCCUUCCUUCCAUCCCUUCUACUACUUCUACAAAUCAUUAUAUUUGUACCCACUUCCACUAAUUUUGCCUGCUAUUCUGAGCUUCCCUGCUAUGGAAAUUACACAUUUCUUUACUCUUGUGUUAAUUUCUAAAUCUACAUGCCUUUACUGCUUCAAAUGGGUCCCUUAUCUUCUUCAGUGACGUAAAUUUUAGCAUUCAGACAUGUUGGGGUCCAGUGUUUUCUAGUGAUCUUUGAAGUAUGCACGCCAUCUGUUUGAUAAUAUGUCUGUGAGAGUGUGAGAGAGGUUUGUUGUGAUCAAAAUGAGGGGGAGGGAGGAGAAUGGGUAUGACAACAAUGGAUCAAAGCAUGAAAAGGCUAUGGGUUUUGAGUUUCAUAGAGGAAAUGGAAUUAAUGGCGGUUUUCAUCGACGGGUAGUCACUGCUAAAUCAACUCCAUCGAAGUGGGACGAUGCACAGAAAUGGAUAUUUGGGUUGCCAAGAGGAGGAGAAAAAGGGGAGUCUAAAGUCAAGCAUAGAAACUCGAAUGCUGAUGACUUGCGGCUUAUAGCUGCUGUGCCACAACAAGAGCAUGAGUAUUUGAGCAGUGGAGAAAAAAGGAUCGAAGGAGAAGAAGAAAAUGAAGGAUUUGCUUCUGCUAUGACUAGUCGCAGUGAAGCAGAAACAAAGAAGAUGGAAUGCGGUGAACCCAUUUGGAGAGUCAAUAAGCCAUUGGAAAGCUGCAAGACGAUGGUUAGAUCUGUAUGUGUGAGGGACAUGGGAACAGAUAUGACUCCCAUAGCGAGUCAGGAGCCUUCAAGGACGGCCACUCCAGUUAGAGCCACAACCCCUGUUCUUCAGAGUCCUAUAACUUCUGGAUCUUCCACUCCAGCAAGGCCUCACCAUGAGAUGCAAGUCAUUGAAGAUCGUCAAGCAGGUUUUGCUUCUACCGCCAUGGUGGUGAAAAACCAGAGCCAGAGCUCUAAUCAGACUCUACAGGCGGACUCUAUGGAAACUAGAGCAAUGGCUUGGGAUGAAGCAGAACGAGCCAAGCAUAUGGCAAGGUAUAAACGUGAAGAAGUGAGGAUACAAGCAUGGGAAACCAGCGAGAAGAGGAAAGCAGAGUCAAAAAUGAGAAAAAUCGAGAAAAAGGCAGAGAAAAUGAAAGCUGGUGCACAAGAGAUGAUGGCGGAUAAACUAGCAGCCACAAGAAGAAUAGCUGAAGAGAAACGUGCAAAUGCAGAGGCAAAACUAAAUAAGAAAUCUGUAAGAACUUCUGAAAAGGCUGAUUAUAUUAGGAGGACUGGCCAUUUGCCUUCUUCUUUCUCCUUCAAGUUGCCUUCUCUCUGCUGCUGGUAGAUUCAAUAUUUCCCUCUUCAGGCACCUGCCCCUUUAUUAAGCUUAAUCAGCCUUUUUCCACCACCUUUUUAAUGCCACUUCUUUUUCUCCAUGAAUAUCUGUAAAAUGCAUUUUACCUCAGAAUUGUUACAAAAUAUUGAAAUUUUGAAGUGAAAUAUCAUCUGUUCUGGUUUUUAGUU